AUGAAGGCACUUAUCGUCCAAGAUGUAGGCGUCGCCAAAGUUGUCGAUGACGCCAAUGAGCCCUCCCUUCGACCAGACUACGUGAAAGUGAAAGUGGCUGCUGUAGCCUUGAAUCCAACUGAUUGGAAGACACUCGACGAGAUUGGAAGAGCAGGUUCUAGAGUUGGAUGUGACUUUUCUGGAACUGUUGUGAAAAUUGGAUCAGAGGUCAAAUCUGAUGUCAAGGAGGGCGACAGAAUUUGGGGGUUCGUCCACGGCUGCAAUCACUUGAAUCCUGAAGAUGGAGCAUUUGCAGAAUACAUCGUUGCAAAAGAUGGAAUAUUUGGGAAAGUUCCUGAUUUUAUGAGCAUGGAAGAUGCUGCUACUUUAGGUGUUGCUGUGGGUACCAACGGCCAGGCCAUAUACCAGACGCUCAAGCUCCCUCUCCCGACUCAACCUGCAGAAACUCCCCUUCCACUGCUCAUUUAUGGUGGAAGCACUGCAACUGGAACAAUUGGUAUUCAAUUGGCCAAACUAUCAGGCUUACAGGUUAUAACUACUGCUAGCCCAAAUAAUUUUGAACUCCUCAAGUCUCGUGGAGCUGACAAAGUUUUCGAUUACAACGACCCUGAAGUUGGCGAAAAGAUCCGAGAGUCCACCAACAACAACUUGAAAUAUGUCUUUGACACAAUUUCCUUGCCACCAUCGGUAGCUAUUUGCGCUGCAGCUAUCUCGAGUCAAUCUGAGCCUAGAGCAAAGUACACAGCGCUGCUUCCAGUAGAUUUCCCAAGAAAUGAUGUUGAUUCUGGUUUCACAAUGGCCUAUACAUGUUGGGGGGAGAAGUUUCAGAGAGGAGACUGGCAUUGCCCUGCUAAGCCGGAAGACUACGAGUUUGCAGUCAAAUUCAUAAAAGAGGUGGACAGCUUGAUUUCCCAGAAAAAAGUUGUCCCACAUCCCGCUACUGUGGGUACAAAGGGCUUGCACGGAAUUUUGGAUGCGCUUCAGUUAAUGAGGGAAGACAAGGUUCGUGGAACCAAACUUGUCUUCCGAAUCUCAGACACAGUCUGA